UUAAUUAGAUUGUGCUAAAUAAAACUUAAUUUAAACCAUUUAUUGAAUCAUGUUUUUCAAUGACAAUUAUGUAUUACUAGAUUGAAGACAGUAAGCUAUGGGGCGGAAGAUUCGAGAAAGGAUUGGAUCCAUUGAUGGAAGAAUUUAACGCUUCCCUCAGAUUUGACAAAAGGCUGUAUUCGGCGGACAUUACAGGAAGUAUUGCUUACGCGAAGGCUCUCCGCAAAUGUGAUCUUUUAAAAGAAAAUGAACUAAAUUUAAUAGAAGAAGGAUUAGAGAAUAUACGGAGCGAAUGGCAGACCGGGAUGUUUGUGAUCAAAGAGGGUGACGAAGACAUACAUACGGCUAAUGAAAGGCGACUAAAGGAAUUGAUUGGCGCUGAUAUCGGAGGCAAACUGCAUACCGGCCGCAGUCGUAACGAUCAGGUGUCCACUGAUAUGAAAAUUUGGUUAAGGGAUUCAAUUAAAGAAUUGCAUAAAUAUAUGCUUAAACUCAUUGAAGUAAUCAUCAAAAGGAGUCUGCAAUACACGGAUGCAAUAAUGCCGGGCUAUACACACCUACAACGGGCACAACCCGUAUAUUUUAGCCAUUGGUUGCUGUCGUUUGCAUUCAUGUAUCAACAGGACUGCGAACGACUCCUAGCAGUGUUGGAUCGGAUGAAUGUGUGUCCACUCGGAAGCGGUGCCAUCAGUGGUAACCCUUUCAAUAUAGACAGAGAUUUUUUGGCCAAAGAAUUGGGAUUCAAGUCAUGUUCGAUGAAUAGCAUGCAUGCGGUCGGCGAUCGAGACUUUGUGGCAGAAUUCCACUUCUGGUCUUCGCUAACAGUUAUACACUUCAGUAAAAUG